UUUGACAUUACUGUCAAAAUGUCAUUAACAGAAAACAUUUUGUGAAGAUAAUAAAUUGUUAAUAAUUAUUGUCAACAUCUUUAAUAUUUUCCAUUAUUUUAAAUUGCAUCAAUUGUAUUAUUGAGAUUCGUUCUAUACUAUAAUCACGCAAUCACUAUGAACCCUAUGUCGAUGGAUAGGGACGAGCCAUCUUCUCUUCUAUCAGUAGCAACAAAUCACCCUCUAGAACAAUUUGUACUACUAGCAAAAGGCGCUAAAGGAUCAGGAUGCGCAGAAUUAAUCAAACAAGUGCUCGAAGCACCAGGGGUACAUGUAUUUGGGGAGUUAUUAGAAAUGCCAAAUAUAAAAGAGCUUGAAACUGGACCCUACGCUAAGCAUUUGAAAACACUCAACUUAUUUGCAUACGGUACUUAUAAGGACUACCUUGAAAAUAAAUCGGAAUACUUGGAGCUAACUCCCGCACAGUGCAAGAAGCUGCAACAUCUCACAAUCGCCACUUUAGCUACGCAAGAAAAAUGUAUCCCAUAUAGUGUACUGCUUAAAGAAUUGGACAUCAAAAAUGUUAGGGAUUUAGAGGAUUUAAUUAUAGAAGCAAUAUAUGCAGAUAUAAUUCACGGCAAACUCGACCAAGAGUGCAAACGUGUGGAAGUAGAUGUGGCCCUCGGACGUGACGCGAGGCAAGAGGAUGCCGCGGCGAUCGCCGAUGUGCUAGCCGACUGGUGCAACGCUUGCGAAGCCGUUCUCAUAUCGGUCGACAGGCAUAUUGUGAGAGCCAACAAUCAUAAGCAGAGGGCUAUAAGACACCAGCAAGGGAUAGACCAGGAGAUAAUGUACAUAAAGAAAACACUCAAAACACAAGCUGAGAAUGACGAAUCGGCUCCCGGUGGCGGCAGCGAGUCCCACUCUGCGCCAAAGAAGAACUCUGGUAAAGGGAAAACACCGCGCAAUUCGGCGAAGUUCUGGCAGAAAACCACAUAACGUUCAUAACAUGUAUAUAAUAUAACUUGUGAUAUAAUAAAAACUUAAGUACUGAUUGCA